GCCAAUGUUAUGACCUUAUCAAAUAAUUUGCAAAAUGUUUGUGGAUUAGGGUUGAGAAAUCUGAUUAUUUAGUGAACACACGCUCUUGGUGAUGUGGUUUUUAGCUUGUUUUUCGUAGGAGGGACAUGUGCAUGCAUGUAUCCUGGAAAAUGAUACUACGAGAUAUCUUACCUGUCUAUGUUUAUUUAUGCACUCUAACAGAAGCAUCUUGUCACUCACUUCCUAUGACCAAUGCAAUCUUUGAAAGAUACCCAAAAUUUAUCCAAGGAGUUCAGAUGCAUUCAGAAGCAAUCAUCCAAGGGACAAAAUUUACAGAAAAUGUGGCAGAUUGCAACUCCCAGUCUAACUUGAAGGGUGAUGCUGAAAAUGCAGCCAACAACAAUAUAAUGUCUAAUUUGAAAAUGUCCUCACGACAUGAUCUUGCCCUGAUUUUCACUUGCAAAGUCUGUGAGACAAGAUCGAUGAAGACUUGCUGCCGUGAAUCAUACGAGAAGGGUGUUGUUGUUGUACGCUGUGGUGAAUGUAAGAGUCAACAUCUCAUUGCGGAUCGACUUGGAUGGUUUGGGGAGCCAGGUAGCGUUGAGAACUUUCUUGCUGCAAGUGGGGAGGAAGUGAAAAAAGGUUCGGUUGAUUCCUUAAAUUUGACUCUUGAAGAUUUCGCAGGGAAAACGGUUUGAAAACCAUUACUAGUUUAAUAUUGAUACCUCUGAGUAGCUGGUUUAUUUCAAUAACGGACAUUAUGACCAAUUGACCCUGGGGAGCUGGAUGAUUCUGGCUGUUCGAUCGAUUUAUCAUAUAACGUGUUGCAGUGUUUAUAGAAGUGUAUUUUAAUUCUUAACUUUCAAGUAAAUCUGUUGGUGGCUAGUGGCAUUUAUGGGUUCAUGCUACUUUUAUUU